CUCAGAGCGCAUGUGGACUGUCACCCUGUCCGCGGGGACUGAAGAGACAAUGACGAGGAGCGACAACAGAGCUGCUCUCCGUUUCUUCUCUCUGAUGUAAAAUAAAACAAAUAAUGACAGCCUUGGUGUUGAGGCUGAUGAGCUCAGGAGGAUUUCUGAACGGAUCAUUGACAGUUUACACCGAAGACAUGUCCACAACUGCAAGUCCAACUCUGCCCUCCUCACAGCUGACAUCGGAUCAACUCACAGUGGUCGCUGCGUCCUUUUCUUCUCUCGUCUUCUUUGUGGUUAUUGUUGUGCUGCUGUCCAUUAUUUACCGCAAGGAUCCUCAGUGCUGCAAACUCCGCUCCUAUCAGGGGCCUCAUGCAGAUAUGGAUGCUCCUCCUCAGUACUACAGCAGCAGACAGACACUGGUGGGAUCUUCUUGUCUAGAGCAGACGCAGAUCAUGGAUGACAACAACGCCCAGGCGGGUCAGCUGUUCUUCAUCGGCCUGCCCUCCAGCUACAGCUUGCCCACACUGGAGGCCCCCCUGCCGAGGCUGCCCUCCUACGAGAGCGUUCGAAAGAAGGACCGCCAGAGGCAGAUCCACAUGAUGAUUGCAGACCGCUUCGGCCUCAAUGGACCCAUUGUGACUGAGCCUCCUCCAUCAUAUGAAGAGAGUAUCCGCCAGUCUGUGGAGCUGCCGUACAACAUCCUCUCAUCCAGUCUGGACGUCUCUCCUCCUCAGAGUAUCUACACCGACACAGGGCCUGACAUUCAGACUGACACACCUCAUCCAGUCAACCCAGACACUAACGGCACUGUUCUGCCUGUGUGAUACUGAUCAAGUUCUCAAGCUGCCUAUGAAUGAGAAAGAAACUCGAUAGCUUUCAUACAGAUGAAGUCACCAAAUGACAACAAAGGCUGAAGACUGAUCAUGAUUGGAUCCUUCACACAUUCAUACAAGCUGAUUCAGAUACCUCAAGACUGAGUUAAUGUUGAGAGAUAGCUAAUGUUGAGCUGAGGGGCAACCAAAGAGUAGCUGCACACCCCUCAGGAGAGGACACAUUUGGCUGGAACAUAUAACUGUUAACAACACUUGAAGUGAUGGUUUCUGUGCUGGUGGCUGGUACAUCUUAAUGAGGACAGAGGAAGAAGAGAUUUGUGGACUACAGAUACAUACCAAAAAGGGAAUCGCUACUUACUUUGCUGAUUACACUUGUCAGUGAACAUUUGUGUUUGAUCUUUGCUCUCCUCUUUUGUUCUGCUGUUCCUCAGCCAUAGACCUUACUGUCUGGUUUGUAAGGUUAUCAAAGAGCUGCCUGAUGAGUUGCUGUAACACAUGCCUCUGUACCCCACUGAGGCUAUGUCACACUGCUCCAGCAUGUGGUUCAGCCUGUGAGGGGGAGAAAUAAAAAAAAUGGUGCUAAUGAGAGUGCCUUUCAUGAAGUUAUAACAAGACAUUAUAAUAAGACAACUUAUGUAAUUGGUUUCACCAAAAGUGUUUUUACCCCAGUUAUGUUUUUUUCUGCCAAGGCAGAUUGCUUCCUUAUCAAAUAUUUUAUAUCAUAAUAUUUUUUUAUUAUUUUAUGUGUUGAGUUUUAUUUUUAACUUUUUUACUGUUCUGUUCUCCAAAAAGCUUCAAGUCCACAGCAGAGUGAAUGUGAAAUGAAAACAAUGGAGAAAUACCAAGUUCCUUGUCAAGACCUGUUUUGUUUGUCGUGAUCCAGUGAAGUUGUUCUGCAACUUAUCAUGUUCACAUGCAAAAUGUUUGUCCUGCACAUUGUCUUGUACUGUAUUUAUUUAAGAAAAACA